GUGUGUGUGUGUGUGAGGUCUGGUGAUCUGGCUUCAGUUGAAGUUAGUUUGCGCUUUCCUCUGUUCCUGUUGGAUGGUUAUUUCGACGCAAAAUGAACUUCGGAUGAACGUUUAGGAAAACUUUACAUCUCCAUGACUUCCGAGGACAACGAUUAAUCGCACAAAUGGGGGAUGUGGACCGCAGGUCUGUUGUAGAACUGAAUCUGGGUCAUUAAAGUAGUAAAUCCUCCAGUCCGACAGCAUGGAUCUGCUGGGCCGGUCCGGAGGGGAGAUUCAGCGCAGAAACCCGCAGCACGACUUUGAGCUUAUCCAGAGAGUUGGCAGCGGGACCUAUGGAGAUGUGUAUAAGGCUCGUAACAUCUCUACUGGAGAGCUUGCAGCAGUGAAGAUCAUCAAACUUGAGCCCGGUGAUGAUUUCUCAAUCAUCCAGCAAGAGAUUUUUAUGGUGAAGGAAUGCACCCAUCACAACAUUGUGGCUUACUUUGGCAGCUACCUCUGCCGUGAGAAGUUGUGGAUUUGUAUGGAAUACUGCGGUGGAGGAUCCUUACAAGACAUUUAUCAUGUUACAGGUCCGCUCUCUGAACUUCAGAUCGCCUAUGUGUGCAGAGAGACGUUACAGGGUCUCGGUUAUCUGCACUCCAAAGGCAAGAUGCACAGAGACAUCAAGGGGGCGAAUAUUCUGCUCACCGACAAUGGAGAUGUCAAAUUAGCGGACUUUGGAGUGGCUGCUAAAAUAACGGCCACCAUGGCGAAAAGGAAAUCCUUCAUUGGGACGCCCUACUGGAUGGCUCCAGAGGUGGCAGCAGUGGAGAAGAAUGGAGGUUAUAAUCAUCUGUGUGAUAUCUGGGCUGUUGGAAUCACAUCCAUAGAACUGGCAGAACUACAGCCUCCCAUGUUUGACCUCCAUCCCAUGAGGGCUUUAUUUCUGAUGUCUAAAAGCAAUUUCCAGCCACCCAAGCUGAAGGACAAGACCAAAUGGUCUACAGCCUUCCAUACUUUUGUAAAAAUUUCCCUCACAAAAAACCCGAAGAAGAGGCCAACAGCUGAGAAGCUGCUCUCGCACUUAUUUGUGGCUCAGACAGGUUUGACUCGACGGUUAGCUUUAGAGCUACUUGAUAAGAUGAACAACCCAGAUAAUCAUCAGUCUCACUUCAGCCAGGGAGAUGAAGAUGACUUGGAGCCGCUUGCAGAGCGCCACACCAUCCGCUCGUCCCACAGCAGGAGCUCUCGUGCUGAAAAGACCAAGUCUCAGAUCAACUUUGAUAGGCUUAAGGUUGAGCGCCCCAUGAAGAAGGAGACCGAAGCCAGUGCUGAGAUGGAUGUAACUAAGGACAAUGAUUUCUCCUCACCCUGGAGCCCAUUGACAGAGGGUCCCAUCACCUCCAGUUCAACUCUUAAACAGGGAGUGCCACCACCGCUUCCUCCUAAGCCCUCUCAGGCUCGGUCGAGCAGUGUGUCUGAUGAGUUUGGUUUGAGCGACGGGGCUCAGACGGUGCGGAGGUUUGCGGGCUCUGAUAACGGGCCUGUACCAGUGUCUCGCAGACAGAGCACACCUGAGAGAGGAAGUAACGCAGAACACACCCACUCAGAAUACAUGUCUGUGAGCGUCAGCAGCCCAGGGCUGCUCUCACACACUGCCGACCACGAGGAAGACUCAGAUGAAAAUGUAAAUGGAGAUGUUUCAAAAUCACCUCCUGGCCGUCCCCAGAGGAAAGAGAGAAAAGAUUUUCCUAAACCUGCUAUUAACGGCCUCCCGCCCACUCCCAAAGUCCUGAUGGGAGCUUGCUUCUCAAAGGUUUUUGAUGGUUGUCCUCUUAAAAUUAACUGUGCCACUUCAUGGAUUCACCCAGAAACGAAAGACCAGUAUCUGAUAUUUGGCACUGAAGACGGAAUCUACACUCUGAACCUAAAUGAGCUGCAUGAAGCCUCCAUGGAGCAGCUGUUUCCACGGCGAUGCACGUGGCUGUACAUAAUCAAUAAUAAUCUGAUGUCAUUAUCAGAAGGGAAGACGUUUCAGUUGUAUUCCCAUAAUCUGAUUGGGCUGUUUGAACAGCUCAGGAAACCUGGACUGGCCACUCAGUUCCACACCCACAGAUUCCCUGACAGGAUACUGCCCAGGAGAUUUGCUCUCACCACCAAGAUCCCCGACACCAAGGGAUGCCACAAGUGUUGCAUCGUGCGGAAUCCGUACACAGGUCACAAGUAUCUCUGUGGAGCUUUGCAGUCUGGGAUUGUUUUGCUGCAGUGGUACGAACCCAUGGAGAGAUUCAUGCUUAUAAAGCACUUUGAUUUCCCGUUACCAAGUCCGCUGCGUGUGUUUGAGAUGCUGGUAGUCCCUGAGCAGGAGUAUCCUCUGAUGUGUGUGGCGGUCAGUAAGGGCACUGAGCCGGGACAGGUGGUUCGCUUCCAGACCAUCAACCUCAAUUCCUGCUCCUCCUGGUUCACUGAGAUCGGCUCAGGAGGUAACCAGGUCGAUGCGAUCCACGUGACACAAUUAGAGAGAGACACCGUGCUUGUGUGCCUGGACAAGAACGUAAAAAUAGUGAACUUGCAGGGAAAGCUGAAGUCUAAUAAGAAACUGGCGUCUGAGCUGAGCUUCGAUUUCUGUGUCGACUCCGUAGUGUGUCUCCAGGACAGUGUUCUGGCCUUCUGGAAACAUGGGAUGCAAGGCAAGAACUUCAAAUCAAAUGAGGUGACACAGGAGAUUUCAGACCCAAGCAGAGUGUUCAGACUCCUGGGAUCAGACAGGGUUGUUGUUUUGGAGAGCCGGCCUACAGAUAACCCUACCGCUCUCAGUAACCUCUACAUCCUGGCAGGACAUGAGAACAGUUAUUAGCUCCGCCUCCUUCAGCCGUUCAGGCCCGCAGUACCUGGAGCUGUUGCAGUACCCACGAUGCAUUCAUUCCGGAAUGGCACCGGCGCUGGACAACCACAGCUGAGCUGAUGAGCAGACUGUGUUUAUUGCUAAAUCUCACUGCAGCCUUGCGCCAUACGCUGCCCACCGCCAGAGACAGCCAGACUUCGCGCCACUUCAGGCAUCCAGAAUCAAACAGCAUGCAGUUCUACAGCAGCCAGUCAGAUUUUUGUAUAUCAAGCAAGCAAUCACCAGAACUGCAAGCUAUAGAGCUCUGUGUUAAAUACAUGUUUUUUAAAACCUAUUAAAUAUUGUAAUCAUUCUAAACAUUUAAAAAACCUUAAAGCUGUAAAGAUAGAACAUUGAGCAAAAUGCAUUGCUGCUCAAAAAGUGCCAUAUAAGGAAACGGUUUUAUUAAAUAUAACUAACUUUGGAGGUUUUGUGUUAAUUGUAGAUUUAAAAUGUCAGGUUUUCAUGCAAGCUAAUGGGGAGAGUUCUGGGAGAAUGAGUGAGUGUUAUUUAUUCAGCUGAGUCAUGUGAGUGAAGCAUCUCGCCCUCAUGUUACUGAGUGAAUAUUUUUCUGCUGCAGGUCAUUUUCUCUCUGUUCUAGCUCUUUUAUUUUUUCCCGCUGAGUAAUAUUUUCAAAUUUCAGUUAUCUCUUUUUAAAAGUAACCUUAAUUCAAUACUUGCACCUCGUAAGCACUUUUGUACAUGGUCUUUUUGUAUUUAAAAAUGACAAAACAUGGGAGAUGUGAGGUUACUGUGAUAUCUCAAGUGUUUCCGUUGCUUUAGUUUUAAUGUAUGCAGCUUUUGUAAUAAAAAGGCAAUUGUUAACACUU